UGUCUGUUCAGUGCCAGUUAAUGUUGCCAUAAUUGAAAUAGCUUCUCUCUUUUGUAGUGAAGCUGUGAGUUUUUCCCUGCCAAACGAGCUUUUUUUUCAUUGCUCCAAACGAGCACCUUUUUCUAGGAAGAGCCAGGAGCUGGUGGCUGCCUGUAUUUGUGAAUGGACAGGGUGGUGGGCGACCAGCUGGAGAAACUGUGUGACUCCCUGUACCCCAAUGGGACACUGAGUGGGGCCCCCCAGCUGCCCCCCUGGUACGUGGACCAGCGCUUCACCCUCUCAGCUCUCUGUGUCCUCGUCAUCUUCCCGCUCUCAGUUCCCAGGGAGAUCGGCUUCCAGAAGUACUCCAGCAUCCUGGGCACACUGGCUGCCUGCUACCUCACUCUGGUCAUCGUCCUGAAGUACUACCUGCAGGGAGAGAGCCUGCGUUUGACUGAGCCCCCCCAGCCCUCCAGGUCCUCCUCCUGGACCUCUAUCUUCAGUGUCAUUCCCACCAUCUGCUUUGGCUUCCAGUGCCACGAGGCAUGUGUGGCCAUCUACAGCAGCAUGCGCAACCAGAGCUUCUCCCACUGGGUCACCGUCUCUGUGCUCUCCAUGCUCAUUUGCCUGCUCAUCUACUCCCUCACUGCAGGGCUCUAUGGCUACCUGACCUUUGGCGAGGCUGCAGCGUCCGAUGUCCUGAUGUCCUACCCAGGGAAUGACCCGCUGGUCAUCGUUGCCCGCCUGCUCUUUGGUGUCUCCAUCGUCACCAUUUACCCCAUUGUGGUGCUGCUGGGCAGAUCCGUGGUGAAGGACUUGUGGGCAGCUCCAAAGCGCGGGGCCGCGGCAGUGUCUGAGGCACACGAGCGGAGGAGCAGGGUGGCCCUGACGGUCACCUGGAUGGCUGCCACCCUGGGCAUCGCCCUGUUUGUCCCCGACAUCGGCAAAGUCAUCGAACUCAUCGGCGGCAUCAGCGCCUUCUUCAUCUUCAUCUUCCCAGGGCUGUGCCUCGUGUGCAUGACUGGGACCCACAGCCUCGGGCCACGCAAAAAGGCUGCUCUCAUCGCCUGGGGCGUUCUCUCCGUUCUUGGUGGUGCCUUUGUGUGCGGGCAGAGCGCUGCCCUGGCCGUGCUGGGGCUGCUGCACUGAGGGACCACAGAGCCCCACCGU